CUUCCGGGUUUUGGUUUAUUUCAAACUGAACACUCAACAAAGUCACAACAUUUGGCCUUCCGCUUCCACCAUCUGAGUUUUCUCUUUGUCAAAUUCUGGCGCAGAAAUGGCUUUCUCUUUCUCAGAGAAAAUGGUCAGCGAUCAAAUCUGCGUCUGUUGGCACAAAUAUAUACGAGUAAUCAUAUGCUUGCUAACUCUCUUGGCGUCAACCUCAAUCUUCGCCCAAAAAGGGUUCAUGGCUGAAGGCCGAGCAAUUCCCAGGUUAACAGAAGCGUCAAAGAGGGGCAUCGAAGAAGAGAAGGGGCUGGUAAAGGAAUCAAAAGCUCAGAUAGGGUCAAGGCCUCCAAGGUGUGAAGGAAGAUGCACGAGCUGUGGACAUUGUGAAGCAGUUCAGAUCCCAAUAAUCCCCCAGGUCCAAAGCCACAGUUCGACAGCGACAGCAAUACAUUCUGCAACAAGAGCCACUACACACUCAAGAGGCGAUGACCUUUCCAACUACAAACCCAUGAGUUGGAAGUGCAAGUGUGGCAACUACUUUUUCAAUCCAUGAUUCAAAUUUCAAACUGCAAACAAGUCCCAUU